CGUUAAGGCCACACUCAGCUUUCAGGCACACCAACCCCAAUCAGCAGAGCACGCUCCAUCUCAGGCAGAAAAGCUGAGCUUGAAGUGGCGCUCACCUCUCAUCUCAGGCAGCGUGCCGGCGUACGCAAUCAGGCGGCAUAAAGAAUCCCUCCACCCGAGCUGAGUUCUUCCGACAAGUCCAUCCGAUCCGACGCCGCCCUCCACUUCCAGUCCGGCGCAAGCGCAACACAAUGCAACUCGCGAUGUCACCGGACAGCCUCCUCCUCUUCUGCUCCGUCGCGGCGUCGGCGGCCGCCGCCUUCGCCCUCGUCUCGCUGUACAGGCACCUCGCGCACCGGCGAGCCCAGCCCUCCGCGGACGACGGGCUCGUCGCCCUGGCGCUGGCGGCCGCGGCGGCGGCUGGAGGCGAUGGCUCGGAGGAUGAGCUCCUGCCGCUGAGCGCCGCGGCGGCGGGGCUCCCCGCUUUCAUGUACAACCGGCUGGUCAAGCACAGCGGCAAGGGCGCCGGCUCGACCGAGUGCGCGGUCUGCCUCGGCGCCAUCCAGGUCGGCGCCAUGGUGAAGCUGCUGCCCGCCUGCGGCCAUGUCUACCACCGCGACUGCAUCGACCUGUGGCUGUCGUCGCGCUCCACGUGCCCGCUCUGCCGGCGCAGGGUUGGCGACGCCGCGCCCUGCCAGGAGCCAAGCCGCCAGCUCGCCCAACCUUCCCCAGCAUAGACCGUCUUCAGUUCUUCAGACCUGCAAUCAAUGUUUCUACUAGGGUCUUUUUCGCUCCCUGCUUUGAGCUUUAUGAGCAGGAUGCGUACAUGCUGUACAUAUUGUGGAUAAUGGUACGCUCAAGCAAAUGUGCAUACAGGAUUUCACUGC